AUGUCUCCGCCUUGUGAUAUUGCCCGCUCCACGCAGCCGCCCUUUGCCGCCCUCGCCGCCGCUGAGCCGGCGAAGGCGCGCCCGUGGUGGGUCAACUUUGUGACUGGCGCGAGCGCGGCGCUGAGCGGGUGGAUGUUUGUCCACCCGAUGGAUGUGCUCAAGGUGCGGCAGCAGCUGAUGGGCGAGGGCGGCCAGAAGAGCGCGGGCGUCUCCGCAGUCGCCAGGCAGGUCGUGCAGGCGGAGGGCGUCGCCGGCCUCUACGCGGGCCUCUCUGCGGCGGCGGCGCGGCAGCUCUCCUACGGAAACCUCCGCCUGGGCAUCUACUCGUCGCUCAAGGACGCGCUGUACGGCACGUCGCCGGCCCCGCCCCCCGCGUGGGCGACCCUCGGGCUGGGGUGCGUCGCGGGCGGCACCGCGGCCUUCCUGUCCAACCCGGUCGAGGUGACGCUGGCCGACGGCCGGCUGCCGCCCGCCGAGCGGCGCAACUACUCAAACGUAUUCAGCGGGCUGUACCGGAUCGGAGCCGAGGACGGCGCGAGGGCGUACUUUGCCGGCGCGCACAGAACCACCCGCCGCACGCUGCGUUGCGUCGUCCCCACCAUGGUCCGCGCGAUGGUGGUCAACAUGCUGCAGGUCGGCGGGUACGACGUGGCCAAAAGCAGCUACUCGCCGUACGUCGCUGCAAAGACGCGCAUGCAGAACCAGAGGCCGCUCGCCGACGGCACUGUCAUGUACACGUCGCUCACGCAAACCCUGAGCAAGAUUGCAAACAGCGAGGGCAUCGCGUCGCUGUGGAAUGGGUUUGGGCCGUACUUCGGCCGGUGCGGCGGGCACACCGUCUUCAUGUUCCUCUUCAUGGAACAGUACAAGAAGGUUGCCGACCGGGCGUACCCGACGGUGGUCUGA